ACGAGCCGCGCGUGGUGGUCCCGCACGACGACAUGUCGCGGCUGAUACACACCGCGCAGACCAAAGCCAUCCCAGCUGCCGGCGCUGUGAAGAGGCCCCGAAACAGCUUCACCUCGAGACCGGCAGACCUCAGCAGCAACGGGCACUUCGACGAGGUCAAGCGCACCCGCUUCGACUACUUCGCCCACCAGCCCGUCUGGACGCACUCGCGCAUGUCUUGCCCCCCGGAGUCUCCGGCCCGGAUCCUCGAAGAGGAAGAUCAGUUUGACGAUAUCGCAAAGUACGCCAUUGGCGACCUGGGCUUCGUCUCCAACUGGACCGCCAUGUCCGACAUUUGCCUGUCCCCCUCGCUCAGCUCGACCUACGGCUUCUUCGACCGCCCCAAUGCCUACGGCGUGGUACACGAUCUCUUCCCCAUCUUUUCUCAGUCAAAGAUUUCCUCCUAUGCCGACAUCCUCUACCCCUCUCCGUGGUAUUGGGCCGACAAGGUCCCCUACUCCGCCGCCAAGGAUCCUGCUUGGGACAAGAAACAAGAUCGCCUCUACUGGCGCGGCUCCACAACAGGCGGCUACUCUCGCGACGGUGGUUGGCGCCGUCAACACCGGCAGCGUUUUGUGCAGAAGAUUAACGCUCCAGAUAAAGCCAAGAUUUUAACGCCCCCCUCAUCUCUCCCACCGCCGCCGUCGCCAUCAUCUUCCUCUACUCCCACCAAGCCCACUACCAAAAAGCAACAAGAGCAACAGCAACAGCAACAACAACAACAACAACAAUCACGGCCUCCUCAACAAGAGCAAGAACAAAAACAAGAAGAACAACAACAGAAAGAGCAGCAGCAGCAGCAGCAGCAGCAGCAACAGCAACGACAAGAGCGAGAAACUCAACAACAAGAACAACAGCAACAAUCAGCACCACCACCACCCGAACAACAACAGCAACAAAAACAAAAACAACAACAACAACAACACGAUGAACAGCAACAGCAGCAACAGCAGCAACAAUCAGCACCACCACCACCCGAACAACAACAACAACACAAUGAACAGCAACAGCAGCAACAGCAGCAACAAGGAGAAGAAGAAGAGGAGGAACAACAGCGGCCCCAACACCAACAACAGCAACAACAACAGUCCUAUGAGCCUGAACAAUGGACGGUUCGCGAAGUUCCACGCGGCAACUACAAGUCGCUGCUCGACGUCUACUUCUCGCACGUCGGCCAGUGCGACCCUGGCGACUGCGACGCCCAGCGGGCCUUUUUCGAAGUCAAGGACUACGCAAAGCAGGAGGACGCGCUCGAGUACAAGCACGUGCUCGACAUGGACGGCAACGCCUUCUCGGGGCGCUUCUACGCGCUGCUGCGAAGCCGCAGCCUCGUGUACAAGUGGGCCAUCUUCCGCGAGUGGCACUACGAGUGGCUGCGCCCCUGGGUGCACUUCGUCCCGCUCAGCCUGCACGGGGAGGAGUGGCUCGAGACGGUCCGCUUCUUCAACUCCUCCGGCCGCGCGUCCUCCGAGGGGGGGAGCGAGGACGCCGAGGUCCCCAAGGAGAGGAAGGAGGGCGCCGAGGAGGCAGAGCGGAUGGCGCAGAGGGGCCGUGACUGGGCGGGCAAGGUGCUGAGGAACGAGGACUUGGAGGUCUGGUUCUUCCGCUUGUUGCUAGAAUAUGGCCGCGUCAUCGAUGACGACAGGGAAAAUAUUGGGUAUGCUGGCUAAGCAAAGCUAAGUUGGAGUUGUAUGGGCAGCAGGUGGUUGGAUACAUUACCAUAUACCCCGUCCGAGCGAUUCAUAUUUGUCCCUUAAUUCGCACUUAUUGGCCUUCGCCAAAGUGACGAGGGAUAUAUAUAUUGGGGUUGAAUGACUUCGUGAAGAAGUGCAUGGGCUGGCGUUCUCCGUUUGUCGGCUCCCUCGGCGGUUGGGGUCGAGCGUAUUGGAUUUGGGGGGUUAUUUAGCGGCUUGCUCGGAUCAAGUGGAUUUUGUACAAUUCGUGUACAGAUAGAUACAGAGGUGCUAGUAUUAUCG